GUCUCUGCGGACGCCAGCCAUUCGGCCUAUGAUGCUGAAGUGGCACUCUUUGAGAACAGGUCGAUGGCAGAAGUCUCAGAGUUGGUGAAAUCCGCUGUGGAAGAGGCCUCCGUGGGCGGGGACAGCCACACAGCGGCCGUUGACGCAGAUGUGGCGCUCCUUGCGCACCGCUCUGUGCAGGAGGUUCUCAGUGCUGUGGCCCAGCGGUCAGAGGCAGAGCAACCACCGGCAGUGCCCGAGCAGCCAGCGGAGGUUCAGCCCUCGAAGCCAGUGGCACCAGCGCAGCCGGAGCGUCCGGUAACACUUGAGCAGCCAGUGGCCCCAGAGCAGCCAGUGCAGCAAGAAGAGGCGCCAGCAAUGCCAGAGCAGCCGGUCGAACCAGUGGCGCCUGGAGGCACGGAGGCUCCAAGCCAAGCAACCGCAGUAGACCCAGCGCAGCCCAUGGUCGAGCCAUCAGCUCCUACAGUUG